ACCUUCAUUACCUCCAAAAACUUUAAAAGAUUAAGAAAAAUCUUGAGCUUUAAUUAGAUGGAAAGCACGGAUUCAUCAACAUGUUCUCAAUACCCGAACCUCCCACCUGGGUUUCGGUUUCAUCCAACGGACGAAGAACUCGUAGUUCACUAUCUAAAAAAGAAAGCUUCUUUGGUCCCUUUGCCCGUUUCUAUCAUAGCAGAAGUUGAUCUAUAUAAAUUUGAUCCAUGGGAGCUACCAAGUAAAGCUACGUUUGGUGAUCAAGAAUGGUACUUUUUUAGUCCGCGGGAUAGAAAGUACCCAAACGGAAUGAGACCAAACCGUGCAGCCACGUCAGGGUAUUGGAAAGCUACGGGGACCGAUAAGCCAAUCUUGUCGACGAUGGGCGAUCAAAAGGUUGGAGUUAAGAAAGCGUUGGUUUUCUAUGGUGGGAAACCUCCAAAAGGGAUCAAAACUAGUUGGAUCAUGCACGAAUACCGGCUAGCUGAGCAUAAUGCUUCUAAUUUCAAGUCUCCUAUCAAUUUAUCAAACAAAAAGGGCUCUUUAAGGCUGGAUGAGUGGGUUUUAUGUCGUAUCUAUAAGAAGAAUAGUGCCAGCAGACCGGCGGAAAGAGACACGGACCAUAAUGAUGACUAUAUGGAACACAUGAUGGCUUCAUCAUCAAAGCCUACAAACUCAAACAAUAACGCUGUGCUAGAAAUAAACAAUCAUCAAGAAACUUACUUUGAGACGAUUAUAAACAAUAAUGAAGAUUACGGGUCAAGAGUAAUGCGACAAAGCAAUAAGCUCGGUUCUUCUAGUUGUUCUUCAUUAAAAUCGGGCGGCGUCUCUUCAAUGAUUAAUCCUGCCGGAAAACGAUCAUACCCGAUGACUACUCAUCACUACUGGAAUGUGGAGACCUCGGAGAAAAGGUUUCAUUCUUCGGAUGAUGAUGACAUGAAUAAUAAUAAUAAUAAUAAUAAUGGAGUACUUAUGGAUGGGGGUUCAUCAUUCAUCUCUUUGUUGAAUAAUAAUCCAACAGUAGUAACUCAACAACAGCAAGGCUUAAUUGGUGCAUCAUUCCAUCCAAACACAGUCUUGGGUUCUCCUACUCUUGGUGGUUCUUCUACUUUCCCUUACCAACUUUCUUCCUUGAAUUGGCACAACUAA